ACCAGUUUGUGUUGGUCUGUCUCAUAAAGUGCCAAUAAAUUGAAUUGAAGUUUGUGGUUUUAAUGCUGCAAAACUUGGUAUACUAGGUGCCAGGUGCUAGGCAAAUACAAGGCACUGUAAAGUGUAAAGCAUGAUAGCAUGUUGGUAAUUAGCUUGAAACUUUUGGAAAAAAACUUGAAGUAGUUAUGGUAUGUCAACAUUGCAUCAUCAUGCUGAGCAUCAGUGAGCAGGCACUGUGUGUACACUUCCAGUCCACUCACAUCCCCUUUAUAUUCAAAAACUUCUGCCUGAAACCAAUGUUUACAUGAAGAGAAUCUAAUCAAAUGAGUAAUUACUUUGUAAUUUAUGCAUUACUUAGCUGAUCUGCUUUUAGAAGUUGUCUUUGAGGCCUAACUGUGACUGUCGGUAUAAAAGUCAUUUGAAGGAGUAAAUGUAUUGUGCCUGCAGGCAAACAUUAAAGACUGUGGGACCAAUUGCUUUCCUAAAUUCAUGCACAUGCCGAUACGAGUCAUCAGCACAGAGAUUGGCUGAGAUGAGGGCAGUGUUCCAUCCUUCCCACCCGCCUUUUUUAGCUCAGCUAAGACACACCACGUCAUGUUCAUUCUGCUGUGUAUCUGUGUUGUUAAUUCGGAGCCACUGACUCAUCACAACACUCCUAUUUUUAUUUUUUUUUCCUGGACAGAGAUGUGGCUAAUGAUCCCAAUCACCAGCAGCAUAUAAGGAAACAUUCCUGCUAGCCUAUUUUAGCUUCAGGAGAAGGAAAUACUUAUAGUUUUCAGAUAAUUUUUUUUCCAUUUGAUUUUUUUUCUAGUGUCUAUAUUUGGCUAUUUGGUUCAGUUUGUUUUGGCAACUGCAUAUGGGUCAGUGUAACAGUUCAGUAUGACCUGGGCACGCACCUUAAAAUUGUUUGGCUUCAACUGAGGUUUGUUUACUGCUUGAAAUAGAUAAUAAGGCAACAAUAAAGUACCACAAUUUUUUAUUACAAAUAUUAAAAUUUCAUCCUGAGAAAUUGUAAAUUGCAUAUAUUUAGGCAAAAAUACUAUGGUAAAGUUACCACAGUAUCUUUACUGAAACGUAUACUAGGAGCAUUUCAGACUGGCCUAUACUUAGUCAAAUCCCAGACUAUAAAUGUUGUAUAGGAUAGAUAAACAGAUAUACAAUUUUGGACCAAUGCUGAUAUCCUAGGUUAAUAUUGCUGCUAUGACCAAUGACCAUUUCACUACCCCUUAAAAGCCUUAAAAAACAACCAUGUUAUUGCUUCUCUGCUUCAGUUAAAUUUCCACAAUCCUGCACUGCAUUACUAUGACUGUCACAUGAGCAAACAAAUACCACGACUAACUUUCUGCCCCCUCCAAAAUCAAGAUAGAAAUAAACUUUGGUUGUAAAUAUCUGUUUUAUUUAUCAGUCAGAUACUCGCAUAUUAAAAAUGACUAAUACUUGGGGAUACUGAUGUUAGUGCCGAUAUAUCGUGCAUUUCUUGUACACAGGUAUGCUAUUCUCUCUUCUUUGUUCUAAACCUUCAAAAUCAAACAGCAUCCUUUCAAGAAGAAGAAAAAAAACACCAAAAUGUUAAGGGAUGUUUUGCCAAUACAUUUUUAGACCUCAUGAACAUAACAUUUAAAAUCUGCUCAGGAUUUGUUUGAUAUAAGUUUCUAGAUGUUGCUGCUAUAACAAAAAGAAAUAGUCCUAUUAGGUUGCCUCAAUCUACAUAUGAACUUGAAAUGGUCUCUGAAGAGGAAGGGGGGUUUAUUGGUGUCAAGACAGCUGCGUCUGAGGCCAUGUGAUAUAUCACUGUUCUAUUUGUACACCAAAUACCUGAAUGGUUUGUACACAAAUUGGCAUCUGUGUCACAUGUCAAGCCCCUGAGUGUAAAUAUGUCAUCUAAAGCUGGCGGUAAGGUGAUGUGCCAUCUGGACAAUCAAGCUUGGGAGCAUUGUGAGAGUAUAGGCAGCAGUGAAAGUCAGGAACCUGUGUUGAUUUUGUUGUAAAACGGAAGUAUUUUUGUGUCCCUUUGGCGCUAACAGAGAUGAUUCUGGCUAAAUUACAAAGCAUUGGGAAGCAGCUCCUGAGGGUGAAGGUUGUGGACUGCAGCACAGACGAAACCCGGCUGGCCCGAUGCCUCAGCACCUUUGACCUGGUGGCCCUGGGCGUUGGGAGCACAUUGGGUGCCGGUGUUUAUGUGCUCUCUGGUGCCGUUGCUCGUGAAAACGCUGGACCUUGCAUCGUCGUCUCAUUUCUCAUCGCUGCGCUAGCUUCCGUGCUAGCUGGUCUGUGCUAUGCCGAGUUUGGAGCCCGUGUCCCAAGAACCGGGUCAGCUUACCUCUACAGCUAUGUGACGGUGGGAGAACUGGGGGGUUAUAUCUCGGGCUGGAACCUCAUUCUCUCCUAUGUCAUUGGAACUUCAAGUGUGGCGAGGGCUUGGAGCGCCGCCUUUGAUGAGCUCACCGGAAAGCACAUUGAAAAAUUUUGCAAUCAAUACAUGAAAAUGAAUAUACCAUGGCUCGCAGAAUAUCCAGACAUGCUUGCUGUCUUCAUCAUACUCUCUCUGACAGGUAUUUUUGUGUCCCUUUGGCGCUAACAGAGAUGAUUCUGGCUAAAUUACAAAGCAUUGGGAAGCAGCUCCUGAGGGUGAAGGUUGUGGACUGCAGCACAGACGAAACCCGGCUGGCCCGAUGCCUCAGCACCUUUGACCUGGUGGCCCUGGGCGUUGGGAGCACAUUGGGUGCCGGUGUUUAUGUGCUCUCUGGUGCCGUUGCUCGUGAAAACGCUGGACCUUGCAUCGUCGUCUCAUUUCUCAUCGCUGCGCUAGCUUCCGUGCUAGCUGGUCUGUGCUAUGCCGAGUUUGGAGCCCGUGUCCCAAGAACCGGGUCAGCUUACCUCUACAGCUAUGUGACGGUGGGAGAACUGGGGGGUUAUAUCUCGGGCUGGAACCUCAUUCUCUCCUAUGUCAUUGGAACUUCAAGUGUGGCGAGGGCUUGGAGCGCCGCCUUUGAUGAGCUCACCGGAAAGCACAUUGAAAAAUUUUGCAAUCAAUACAUGAAAAUGAAUAUACCAUGGCUCGCAGAAUAUCCAGACAUGCUUGCUGUCUUCAUCAUACUCUCUCUGACAGCCUUGCUUGGUUUUGGAGUCAAAGAAUCGGCCAUGGUGAAUAAAGUAUUCACUUGCAUCAAUGUUCUUGUCCUGCUGUUUGUGAUCAUCUCUGGACUGGUUAAAGGAGACCUAAAAAACUGGAAACUGGACCCUGAAAAGAUCCUCAAUGCCACUGGAAACGCCACCCAUAAUACCACAUUUCCCCACCCUAAAAAUGGAAGUCUUGGUGCAGGCGGCUUCAUGCCGUUCGGGUGGACAGGAGUCCUGUCUGGUGCUGCUACCUGUUUUUAUGCCUUUGUGGGGUUUGACUGCAUUGCCACUACAGGAGAGGAAGUGAAGAACCCCCAGAGGGCCAUUCCCAUCGGCAUCGUGGCCUCUCUCCUCAUCUGUUUUGUGGCUUACUUCGGAGUUUCGGCGGCUCUCACUGUUAUGAUGCCGUACUACCUGCUGGACAAGAACAACCCUCUUCCAGUGGCCUUUCAGUAUGUAGGCUGGGAGGGAGCCACUUAUGCAGUAACCAUUGGCUCUUUAUGUGCUCUGUCGACCAGCUUGCUGGGCUCCAUGUUCCCAAUGCCAAGAGUGAUCUGGGUCAUGGCGGAGGAUGGCCUGCUCUUCAAAUGUUUGGCUAAAAUCAGCACGCGAACCAAAACCCCGCUAACAGCUACAGUAACCUCCGGCAUAGUCGCAGCUAUGAUGGCUUUCCUGUUUGAGCUAAAGGACCUGGUGGACCUCAUGUCUAUUGGCACUUUGAUGGCCUAUACUCUGGUUGCUGCCUGUGUGUUGAUACUCAGGUACCAGCCUGAGCAGCUGAGUACGGCCUAUGAGAUGGCCAACACCCAGGAUGAGCCGGAGUCUUACAGUGAAGGGAACUCUGAUGUCUUUCCUCAACCAGAAGAUACGGUCAGCAUCAAGAAUCUCCUGUCCCCGUCCAACCCUGAACCCUCUCCUUUGUCUGGUCGUACAGUCAACAUCUGCACCAGCAUACUUGUUGUUCUGAUGUGUGUCUUCAGUGCUGUUGCUGCUCAACAAAUUCUGGCCCCCUGGGCAGUGAUUCUGAUGAGUGUUACCAUGGCGGCUAUUGUACUUCUCACCUUUGUUAUAUUCAGGCAGCCUCAGAGCAAAGCCAAGCUGACCUUUAAGGUUCCCUUGUUGCCCUUCAUUCCCAUCAUCAGCAUGUUUGUCAAUAUCUACCUGAUGAUGCAGCUCAAUAAAGGAACCUGGCUGCGCUUUACCAUUUGGAUGUUGAUAGGUAUCUUUAUCUACUUCCUCUAUGGCUUUUGGAACAGUGCAGAGGCGACCAGGUCUGAUGCCUGCUCAAUAAAAGGAGAGCCAAUGACCAGAGAGAAGGAGUCCUUGAACACACCAAACUGCACUCGGGACGGAGAGGCUGAUGAGGAAAUGAGUGCUUACACACGUUGAUAUUCUCUGAAACAGCUGCACAGAAAACGCUACAGAUCCAUGCAUGCAUGCAUCCUUGAAUGUCUGUUUUUAAAGUUCGCCAUCUCUGAACUGACAACUUGCCAAAACAACAAACACAUUUUCAGUGGUAUAUUUGUUGUGCAGAAUUAGCUGUGGCUCACAGACUCAGAGCCUAAUGUUUUAAUAUUUGUUGCUUACUGUGAAUUACAGAGAUUAUCGACAGAGCUGACAAUCACCCACUCUACCAUUCUGCCACAACACCUAACACAUAUAUUAAGUGUUAGGUGCAUUGAAAAAAAUAUAUUCAUGUUACUGAAAAAAUAGUUGCUUCAUACAUUAAUUUUACAUCUCAAAGAAAUGCAUUAUGCUGCUUUCGAUGAGCUGCUCAAAUUAGAGCAAUACGCAUUGCUCUAAUCACAAAUUAGAGCAAUGCGUCAACGUAUUGCAAAUUAGCCGAUCAAUGACACAAGUUUGUUGGGUGUAAAGAUGAGUGUUGUUUUUUUGAGGGGAAAUUGCACGUUUUAUCUGAAACCUGCAAAGCUGCUAAUAUGGAGUUUUUAUCAGAUACUUGAGAGGGAUUAUUUUAAGUGUCUUUUUCCCAAAGAGAUGUCACAACUUUAAAGGUGAGAUUCUUUAAACAUUUGAUACUUGUUAGGAGAUGACAAUGCAGUUUAUUGUCUGUAUAUAAAGUAUGCUCUGGAGUUUGAAAAUCCGGUUUUUAGGAAAAUGGAACAUUUUAUUUUUGGACCAUUUUUACAUUUUUGUGCAUAUGCAUUUAAACAGAAAGAACAGUUUUAUUGUGGUCAAGUUUUGUUUGAGUGGUCAAAACUCACUUAAGUUACUCUUCUCAAACUCACUGUAAACUGCAACAGGUGUCUCUUUAAAAAAUUUCGUCCCAAGUACAGGGCCGAACCAUUCGAGCCAUUUGCCCAGCAAUCAAUGCUGAACUUAUGCUUCAAAAUUUAGUAGCUUUAAAGUUUCUGAUUAUGUUUCAUCAGUAAUACGUGGUUAGCAUUACCACUGUGACUGUGUUGCAUUUAACUCACUCACCAGUGAUAUUGCAGACAUUGUAUUAUCAUUUCUUCACAAGAGCAGCCAAUAUUUUGACCUUUUAGGUAUUCUGCAGGUCAGUCUUACAUGUCUAGAGAUAUGUCUUACAGCCACAAUCUUUAGUAAACUUACAUAUUUCUCCUGCUAACUGUGCUUUCAUGUGGAACAUGCUAGGCUAAUGCUAGCAUGUCGAUUCAGUUAUGAUGUGACUUGUUGAUGAUUUGGGCAAAUAUCUGAUUGAUUUUAGAAGAAACUUGCAUUCAAAGGUUUAUUCUCCUGUUUUAUAAACUUAGUACUCUGCUUUGAUCAUCAUAAAAUUUAAUGAUCUAUGUUUCAACUGCAUUCUUGUCUCCACCAUCAACAGUUGUCUGUUGUUCAACAUAUAGAACUAGUGAUAUGAUAGACACACUCAAAGCUACAACAGUCAAAAGAGUCUCUUGUCUCUUUUGUGGUGAUCUUCAUUGCAAAUUAUUUUUAACACUUUUAUUCUUUGUGAAUAUUCAGAUUGUUAGAUCAACAAAAUAAUCUGGAACAAUUUUGCAACUUCAUCUCCUCUACUUUUAAAAAACUCAGUUUCCUGGGAGGUUGGCUAACAUAAAAUCACCGUCUUUACACAAUUAAUGGAUAUAAAGAGUGAAGCUUACCAAUAGAUGCCUACACUGAUCAUGUAAAUGUCUUGCUCUGGACCCUCUUCAAAUGCUUGGGAUUGUACUAGGACAUGCCUAAUUUGGACAUAACCGAAGCAGGACUGUGCUAUGUAUGAUACAAUUUACUGAUGAUGACAGUGAAAGCUACUGUGACUGUGUGAAGACCCACCAGGCAGCUCAAACGUGAAUGUUACAUGUCAAAAUGGCAACUAGGUGAAAUGUGUGCAUUAGAAAAUUUCCAUUUUAAAUUUCUACCAUGGAUUUACCUAUAAACUUGAAUAUGAAUAGCAUUAAUAUUGGGUUCUACUUAUCUUCCGUUAACUUGUCUGCUGGACUUGAAUUCAAUUCUGGUAAAUUAAAUGGUUCCAUGUCAGGACACUGCUCUAUUUAUUAACAGAUCUUUGUGUUGACCUUUGUCACAGUGUCAGUGUGCUGGCUUUCAUGUAAGAUAACCAACAAUGUAAAUAAAAUGUAACUAUGCUCAGAUUUUGUUGAUUGUGUGAUUGUGCGUCAUAGAGUUGUUUUAAUCCAUGUUGUAAAUACCAAUAACAAUAUAAAGGAAUAUGCCAAAUUUACUCAAGUUUGGUUGGCUUGUAAAGGUUUUUUUCACCUUCCAACUGAAGCAUUUACCAUGCAGACUAUGGUACAGUGUUCAAAUGCUAUGUGACAAAUGGACAGUUUGCUGGUUGCUCGUUUAUACACAUUAACCUACAUUUUUUGUAGCAUUUUGGUAAAUAUCUACAGUAUAUUCUGGUAGUAUUUGUUUUCUGUGUCCAUCAUCUGUUUAUGGAUUUAUUUGGUUCUGUAAAUAAAUGAUGAAUGUUAAAACCUAAA